AUGCCUCAGCAGCGGGGUGAAAGUCAACCCGCACACCGACUUGCGAGAAUCCAGGGCCCAGUCGCUAGGCUGUCCGUUAGAAGCCAAUAUGGUGGUUCCUCAAGAGUCGAUUUCGAAGUCUUGGGGCCUUUUUUUGCUGAUUCUUUACGGAAUCGGAGGCCCAGCGUCCAGAGUGAGAGUUAUGCGGAGGUUGAGAGAAACACAAAAUGUUAUGUCCAUGGUAUGGUGACGCUAAGAUCUAGUUGCUGGGAUUCACGGAUCGUUAAUCCUGGCCCUAUCUCGGCUGCACCGUAG